UUGACGCGUUUGACUUGAAGUGGGUAGACCCAGAGUGCUUUACUUUUAUGUUUUUGGUAUUAUUGCUUUUUUUGGCUAGUGGUCGUCUUCCAUAUUAAGUACUCUUUGAAGAGCUAACGUGGACUAAACAACACACUUUAUGACGGCCUUGUCUCGGUGCGCCUCCUCGCCUCUCAAGCUAGCUUAGCUGGUUAGCUCCUAACAACGAGACGCGGAAGUUAGCAUCACAUUCAAAGGGCCGUUUAAACGCGUGAGAAUGUUUACAAAGCGAGAGCGCUGCUGUUUGAAGAAAUAUUUGUAGUGAGAGAAAGAACGAUUGCAGAGUACGAGGAGGAACUUUGUUGAACAAAAGAGGAGAUCGAGCGACAACGUCAACUGCUGGACGCUGUUUUCAAGCCUCAAAUGGCGUCACAUAGAGAAGACGUCGGUGAAGAAGAUCUUCCCCCUGAGCAGCUGGCCUGGAGCUCCACGAUGGAGGAGGAAGAGCCGCAUUCCGUUAAAGAGGAAGAGGAGGCGCAAAUGUGGACUCGGGAAGGUGCUGACAUCUGCAACUUUCCAGUGAUUCGAGUUAUUGUGAAGAGUGAAGACGAUGAAGACGAAGCUCCAAGGUCACAUCUUGAUCACAAUCAACGUGAGGACGCGAGAAGAUCAGAAGCAGCUGACGAUGAGGACUCCGGAGUUGUUAUGACGUGUCACACUGACAGCAAACACUUUAAAUGCUCUCAGUGCGAGAAAACGUUUACCUAUAAGUCAGACUGGAAGACGCACAUGAGGGUCCACACAGGAGAAAAGCCGUUCAGCUGCCCAUUUUGCUCUAAAAGAUUCUCACAAAAAGGCACUUUGACAAUACACACAAGAACACACACAGGAGAGAAACCAUUUUCAUGUUCAGUCUGCGAUACCGGUUUCACUGAUCGUUCCGCCUUGCUGAAACACGUGAGAACACACACCGGUGAGAAAUGUUUCGCAUGCGCAGUUUGUGGUGAAAGAUUUUCGAGAAAGGUGAAUUUGACAGAACACACGAGAACACACACGGGGGAGAAACCUUUCACCUGCAACAUCUGCGGUAAAGGAUUCUCCAAAAAGGUGAAUUUGAAGUCGCACACGAGAACGCACACUGGCGAGAAACCGUUUUCAUGCUCGGUCUGCGGCGCAAGUUUCAGAUUUCAGUCCUCCUUGAUUCCACACAUGAGAACACACACCGGCGAGAGUUCUUUUCCAUGCUCAGUUUGCGGUAAAACCUUCUUUCGAAAGAUGAGUUUGAUAGAACACGCAAGGACACACACUGGAGAGAAGCCAUUUUCCUGCUCAGUCUGCAACACGACGUUUAGAUGUCAGUCGACAGUAGUGAAACACAUGAGGACGCACACUGGUGAGAAACCAUUUUCCUGUUCAGUCUGCAACAAAAGUUUUAGCCUUCACCCGUCGUUGUUUAGACACAUGAGAACGCACACUGGGGAGAAACCAUUCAGUUGCAAAGUGUGUGAUGAGAAGUUCGCUUACAAGUAUCAGCUCAGCAAACACAAAUGUGCUGGUGAAAGCAGCAGCAGUCGAGCGCAUUUGACUGGCUAGAUUUGGCUUCUACUGGAACAUUUAUUUGUAAACUUUCUAAGACAACACACAUGUACACUUGUGCAUACAUGCACCCUGAAGUAAGUAAAACAUCAUUAUAAUGUUAAAGGUGCAAUUAGGCACACAUGUUUUUGUGAAAGUUAAAUGUUGCUUUCAUAUUACAGGAGUGACUGGUGUGAGUAUGCAAACU